AUGGCUGCUAUGUCUGAACCUCACGAGUGGGAACUCAGUCGCUUCGCCGACGUUACCGACGACGACAACACCCUCUUGUCCGACCCUUCGGUGCCCAGACCCCAGUCGUUGCUCGCUUCACUCACGCCGCCUCCGGAUCCCUCGCUAGACGCCUCUGACGACGAUAAUCUUCCCUCAGAAACCGCUGCGGUUGCAGCCUCCGAGACGGCCUCUAAUCCAUCUCUAGCACUUGUUGCCACUACUACGGCUGUCUAA